AUAAACAUUUUCUAAUACUUCAAUACCAUUCUUGGCUGUCACAACUCAUCAUAACAUUCAUUACAAACAUUUUCUGAUACUUCCCAGCACCACCAUGGAAGCUUUGCCUUUCACGCUGGUUGUCUCAUUUUGCAUGUGCAUGCUUCUCCAAUAUUAUCUCCAAGCUUGUAAUAUAAGGUAAUUGGCUUAUUGGGCAUUCGUAAUUUACUCAGAACGAACUUAGCUUUUUCUCCUUCAUUAUAUUUAGCCACCUCUUGACUUCAUUUUCUAGCUACUUGUGCUGAGUUAGGACCAAGUCAUAGUCAAAUUAAAGCCAAAUAAAUUAAUGGGCGACUUCAAAUUUUUGCUGCUUUUGUAGGCGACUUUGGAUGACUGGCGAUGAUUUUUGUUUGAAGACCAAUUAAAGAAUUAUUUUUUUGGCUGCUGUAAUAUUCCCUUUAUUGCAACAUCAUACAUGGCCCAAUAAUUUUCCCAUUUCAAGACCUAAAAGAUUUCAUCAUCUUUCAUAGUGUAAUUUGCCUGUGAGGCCUAUAUAUAUAGGAGGAUAUAUAAGUGUUUCAAAGAGGAGGCUAGUUAAAUUAAAGAGACAGAGAGCCCCCAUACUACAAAGAGGGUUCAAUUUCAACUUUCAGCCUCAAAAUGGGUGAAGGCGAUGAAGUGAAAUCCAAGUUUAAUGGAAUCCCGAGGCCAAAGUCUAAUCCUGGAACGCCAAGGCCAGUCUACGCAGCGCCGUCGCCACCGAUAUCAGCUCCUCCGUCGCAGCUUCACUCUCCAUCUUUAACACGGUCGCCUCUCCUGGCGUCUCCUGAUUACAUAGAGCCAAGCAAAACCCCAAAACCCUCAACCCCAAGAAAUUUAACCCCCAGAAUUAGAACCCCACGCUUUAUCACCCCUUUGAGUAGCCCCAUCAGAGCGGCUCUUAAACUCACAAGGCUUGAUCCUCAUGACGCCUGGCUCCCCAUCACUGAAUCCCGCAAUGGAAACGCCUACUACGCUGCGUUUCAUACUCUCUGUGCAGGAAUUGGAAUUCAAGCUCUUGUUCUCCCCGUGGCCUUCCCCAUUCUUGGCUGGAGUUGGGGUGUAAUAAGCUUGACGCUGAUCUUCAUAUGGCAACUUUACACUCUUUACAUACUUGUGGCACUUCAUGAAUCUGUUGAAACGGGCAUGCGUUACAGCAGAUAUCUUCAACUGUCCACUGUAGCUUUUGGUGAGAAGAUAGCGAGGUGGAUAGUCAUUUUCCCUCUGAUGUAUCUAUCGGCGGGGACUUGCAUGGCUCUGGUGAUGAUAGGAGGGUCAACAUCGAGGAUAUUCUACGAGACUGUGUGUGGGGGCACGUGCUCGGCAGGACCGGCGCCAUUAACACCUGUUGAGUGGCACCUGGUUUUUACAUGUGCUGCAGUUAUACUUUCUCAGCUCCCCAACUUGAACUCCAUUGCCGGAGUUUCUCUGAUCGGCGCCGCCACUGCCGUCGGGUAUUGUACCUCCAUUUGGGUGGUUUCAGUUUCGAAAGAUAGGCUGUCUGGCGUCUCGUACGACCCCGUUCAAGCUCCAAAUGACACGGAGAGGAUUUUUGAUAUCUUAAAUGCCCUUGGAAUCGUUGCUUUUGCAUUCAGAGGCCACAAUCUUUCUCUUGAGAUUCAGGCAACAAUGCCUUCUGAUGAGAAGCAUCCCUCAAGUGUACCCAUGUGGAAGGGUGUCAAAUUUGCAUAUCUAGUCAUUGCAAUGUGCUUAUUUCCUCUUGCAAUUGGAGGCUACUGGGCAUAUGGUCAAUUGAUCCCAGAAAAUGGAGGAAUGCUAACAGCCUUGUACGCCUUCCAUCAAUUGGACACAUCACGAUUCAUCCUAGGGUUAACAAGUCUAUUCGUCAUAAUCAACGCCGUUAGCUCAUUCCAAAUUUAUGGCAUGCCAGUAUUUGAUGCGUUGGAGUCAGUCUACACAAGAAGGACGAAGGGUCCAUGUCCAUGGUUUCUCCGAUCACUCUUUCGGAUCAUUUUCGGAUUCUUUAUGUUCUUUUUAGCCGUGGCAAUACCACUGCUGGGAAGCUCAGUCGGUCUAGUCGGAGGAGUUGCAUUGCCAGUGACAUUAGCCUAUCCAUGUUUCAUGUGGCUUAAAAUCAAGAAGCCUAAGAAAUAUAGUUGUAUGUAUAACCUGAACUGGUUUCUUGGUCUCCUAGGACUUACUCUAAGUGCAACGGUUGUUGCUGGAGGAGUUUAUGCUGUCAUUACUAAGGGUGUUAAGGUUAAUUUCUUCCACCCUAGCUGAAAAUUAGGAGUAAAUGACUGAGUAAUUAUAGAUUUUUUUUAAUUAUAAAUUAUGGCAUAAGUUUUACACCUUGGGGAUUAGGUUCAUCGAGUGUGAAUGGUGUAAAUUUUUAUUUCAUCGUUUAUGUAAAAUUAUGGGGUGACUGAUUUGAGUAUUUUUUGUUGUACGACGUUUAUUCUGUAAAGAAUGCAGAUAUUUAUAGUAAAUUUGUGUUUUUUUUUUUU